AUGGAGCAGGAGGAGGGCAAAAUAUCGGUGUGGGUCUGCCGGGAGGAGAAGCUGGUCUCGGGGCUCAGCAGGCGGACCACCUGCGCCGACGUGGUCAAGGUCCUGCUGGAGGACCAGAACCUGCAGCAGGGCGCCUCGGCGGCCAUGCUGUCGGGCCCCCCGCAGGCCUACUGCCUGGUGGAGAAGUGGCGGGGCUUCGAGCGGAUCCUGCCCAACAAGACCAAGGUCCUGCGGCUGUGGGGCGCCUGGGGGGCCGAGCAGGAGAACGUGCGCUUCGUCCUGCUCAAGAACGAGGCCUCGCUGCCCAACAGCGGCCCCCGCAGCGCCGAGGCCCGCGUGGUCCCCAGCCGUGAUGGCGGGGGGGGGGGCCCCGGAGUCCCGGUAAAGGGCGCCCCAAAGAGCUGCUGGACGGCGGCGGCCGGGUUAUCCCAGGACCGGCAGCGGCGCGUGGUCCGGAAGGCUUUCCGGAAGCUGGACAAGAUGAACAGGAAGCGGGAGCAGACGGCGCCGAAGGACCGGGGCGCGGCGGAGAAGAUGGAGACCCUGGUGCACCUGGUCAUCUCGCAGGACCACACCAUCCGCCAGCAGCUGCAGCGGCUGCAGGAGCUGGACCGCGACAUCGAGCGCCACGAGGCCCGCGUGCACCUGGACCGGGUCCGCCGCCACGGGGCCAACUACGUGCAGGACACCUACCUGGUGGAGCCUACCGGGGCAGACGCCGCCGGCGGGGCGGGAGGAGGAGGAGGAGGAGGAGGAGGAGGAGGAGGGGCGGGGCCUGGGGGGCAGGCGGAGGCGGUGGUCCAGUUCCGGGAAUACGCCCGGCGAUGCGAGGAGGUGGUGCGGCUGCAGGAGGAGCUGGAGGAGCGCGAGGCCCUGGUGGAGAGCCUCACCGGGGAGAUCCAGGAGGAGCUGAACCGCAGGUGGAUGAAACGGAGACGAGGGGAGGAGGAGGGCGGAACCCCGGAGGAGAAGGAGGAGGAGGAGGAGGAGGAGGGGUAUCCGGACCAGGAACCAGAUGAUGAGGACCUGACCCGGAAGGAGCUGGUCCUGGAGGAGGAGCAGGUCCGGACCCAGCUGGACACCAGCCUCUACAUCGGUUUGCGGCUGAAGACGGACCUGGACGCGGUGCGCGGGGACCUGGACCUCAGCCUGGCGCUGUGGGAGACCCGGGAGGGCGAGCUGCUGGACCUGCUGGCCAAGGUGGAGGCCAUGGGCAUAGAGCCGGCGCCCGAACAGACCCCCGGCGGGGCGGAAGUGGGCGUGGCCAAACCGGGCGGGGCCAAACCGGGCGGGGCCGAACCGGGCGGGGCCGAGGUGGGCGGUGGGGGCUGGGUGGAGGAGGCCCGGGGUCUGGCCAAGGCCUCCUCCGCCAACGACGAGGACUCGGACACCGGCCUGAGCUCCAUGCACAGCCAGGACUCAGACAACCCCCCCGUGUGCGAGUCCCUGGUUUGA